UUUGUGAAUAUCGCUGAAGGUUGCAAUUAUAAGAGAGUGACCUAAGAAAUAAUUACUAGUCAAAACUUUGACUGUGGCAUACUGUUUGCUGUUGGACAUUGCAGAGCAAUCAGAUUUAUUUUGUCCUUUUGCUGAUGCGCCAACAUUGAAGACUUUAGCUAACAUACGACGCUGAUGAGGUGAGCAGCCGCGAUGGAGGCGAGCGACGCGGUGCCGGCGCCCGCCGCCGGUCCAGGCGGCCACGUGGACGUGGCUGUGGUCGCGGAUGCUGACGCGGGCGGCGGCGGCAGCGGGCCGGACUCCAUCUUCCUGCUGGCGGACUCUUCUGGCCUCGACCUCACCGCCCUCUCCAAUCCUGACUACAAGGUGGACGGCAGCGACAGCGGCGUGGAGGCGGGCAGCGUGCGCGGCGCCACCCCCGCCGCCUCGUGCGACUCCAGCCUGCUGAGCUGCUGCUCCGACAGCGACGACCCGCCGGCCGCGCCGCCCUCGCCCGGCCGCCGCGCCUCGCCGGCCGCCUCCGCCGCCUCCUCUACCGCCACCAGGCCCGCCAGGCUCUUCCGGGGUGUGUAG